AUUGUCUUGUCACCCACAGCCCAACCUGUUUUCCCCCAUAUUCCAUCAUCUCCACCAGCUUCUUCUUCUCUUUUUCUCUUCAUCUCCCUCCCCCAAUCUUCUUCAUCGGUGUCUUCUCUAUAGGUUCCCCUCAUCUUCUCGUCGUCAUGUUCUUCAAGGCUUCUUUGCUCGCCCUCGUGGCUGCUCAGGUCUUUGGCGCUGUUGCUCAGGACGCUCCUGAAGCCAAUGCCGCUCCCAAGGCUCCUCUCAAGGCUGACAUCAAGGCUACUUUCCCCGAAGCUGACAUCCUCGGUGUCAAGCUCGUCAACGGUCGUCCUACCAAGGCUGUCAUCGAGAUCAACAACAAGGAUGCCAAUGCUAUCAAUGUCGCCUUCGUCGCUGGCUCUCUCAACACCAUGAAGGAGCUUCCCGAGGACAGCCCCCGCUACGCCAGCAUCGUGCGCAACUUGACCUCUGUCCAGUACAACAUUGAGGUCCCUGCCGGCGAGAAGAAGGAGCUUCCUUUCUCUUUCGCCCAGGACAUGCAGCCCCAGGAGGUCCGCGUUGAGCUCUCGGCUGUCGUCACUGAUUCUACCGGCAACCUCCACCAGGUCUUGGUUCACAACGGUCCCGCUUCCAUCGUCGAGGCUCCCACCAGCUUCCUUGACCCCCAGAUUAUCUUCCUCUACCUGUUCCUCUCUGCUGCUUUCGCCGGUACUCUCUACUUCGUCUACAAGACCUGGAUCGAGGCUCUCUUCCCCCAGGCUAAGCGCCCCCGUACCAACAAGAAGGCCAAGAAGACCAUCGAUGUUGCUGAGCCUCUCUCCGGUUCCGAGUCUACCCCCGUUGCCGUCCCCUCUGGAAAGGACUACGACGAGAGCUGGAUCCCUGACCACCACAUCAACCGCCCUGUCGCCCGCCGCGUCAAGUCUGGCGCCAGCGCCAAGACCAAGCGAGUCGAUUAAGGAAGUGAGAUAUCUUCUUUUCGACGUGUUGCGCGCAUGCGCACUGUAUUUUGUGACGAAACCAUGUCUGAGUUCCAAGGGUCAUGGCGUAAAUGCCUGGGUAGACUAGGGGGUUGGGUAUCAUGAGAAAUGAUCUCACUCGUCACAUGGCAAUGGAUCAAGGGACACCAUGAGCCAGAAGUAUCUGUUGUAUAUUAUAUGUAUCAAAACGAGCAUUGAGAAAAUGACAUGCUUUUCCCACACGUUGCUACGAGACAUAACCCAUAAUCUCGGUGCACCAUACCGUGAGCAUUGCCAUUGCAUUCAUGAUAAAACCCCUGAUCUAAACACAAAUGAACUUCCGUAGUUGCCAGUGCUUGCGCCGUAUGCAGGUACUUGUCGUUGAUGUUAACCCAUGCGCCAAAUCCAUUCCUUCAUGUCAUGAUCCUGGUAUCUGAUCGGUUCUAUCCAUUCUCUCUUCGGCAGCCUCUGCUGCCAAGUAUCCCAUGACAGCCUUUUCCUGAAGUCUAAUAUCCUUUUCGUGUUCAGUGUCUUUGCGAGCAAUGUGCCCAAACAGACAUUCCCAUAAAUCAUUCUCUUCCACGUUCUCACCAGCCGAUUUAUCCUUACUCAUCAACCGCGAAAGUGAUGCCUGCUCAAGCUCCAGAGUGUUUGCUGCCUCGAUAUUCACGUCGAGAAGUUCAGGUGUCGACUCCUUUGACUUGCCCUUGUUGACACGUCCCAUAUGCUCCAUCCGCCGCUGGACCGAAAGGUUGUAAAUUGACUCCUCAACUGUCCCCGACACAAGGUAGAGCCAUACAGUUGUUUCGUGCAUUUGACCAAUCCGAUCCACACGGGCAAUUGCUUGGAGCUCGAGCGCGGUAUUGAGGAGAGGCUCACAGAGAAAGACAUGACUUGCAUUGACGAGAUUGAGGCCACUGGAAUGUGCUCUGGCAUGAAGAAGAAAGCACUCAACUGAGGCGUUCUCCUUAAACCGUCUGAUUCCAUCUGGGUCGUCAAUCGAGGCAUAGCCAAUCCUGAAUCUUGAAAAGGCGUUGCGUAAAAUCCCCAGAAAUCCUUUAUAUUGCGAGAAUACAAUCGACUUUGCGCCAGGGUCAGACUCUCGUAACCACAUCAAAUGUUUGACAAGCGUAUCAACUUUCGUGGUAAAUGAAGGCCCAUCCAGCUCGAUUUUCUGUAUCUCAGCCAGCUUGUCUGAGUUAAAUUCGGAGUAGAUCCCGGUUUUCUUUGGCGAAUCGGUUUGUUUUUGUUCAGGGCUAUUCUCCGUACCAUCUUGAGAUUGGGUUGGUUCAUCGCUAUGCACUUUGAGUUGCUGAGGGUUGAUAGUAAUAUCGUGCAAGUUGGAUGACUUCAACCUUCUCUUACACACGGGGCAAUUGUGGUGAGCUUUAAACCACAACAUCAUGCACUCCUUGCAAAAUUGAUGACCGCAGACCGUGAGAACGCCAAUAGUGAAAUUGGUCUGACAGAUGACGCACAUUCGCGGCUCGUUAGACUUGUUUCCUGCUUCUUUGAGGUGGAGGACUGAAAAGUUAAUUUGGGGUCAAAUAAUGAGGAGCGUAUAACUCACGGUAUCUGUGUUUGGCUUCUGCUGCAGACAGCCUUUGGCGCAUAUUUUCCUCAGUCGUCUUCAGCCUCGUCAUGAGUUCUUCAGUGACAGGUUCCUCGUAAGGAAGGACACUGUCAGAGACUACUUGCAAUUGGCGAUAAUACUCCAGGCGGAGGUUCAUGAUGUUCUUGAAUUUGUCGACCUCGGCCUCAAGAGCAGUAGUCAGCUUGCUCUGUGUGUUCAAAAUUGCUUGCGUUGCUUUGAGUUGUCGAUCCGCAAUUCUGCCUUCUAGGACGCUUCGUGUGGUAUCCCUUGCCAGCUUUGAUGUCAAGCCUCGAAACUCGCUGAUAGCUUUCCGCAUUGAGGUUGACCGUGGCUUGAUUUGAUCUCGUAAUGUAAGAAGCUCAAUAAGCUUUUCAGGAGCAGGCCCUUCUUCGUUGGCUGCGAGUCUCAGUGACGUUUGUGUUUCGUGCUUGAUCAGCUCGUUAGUCUGCCCAGUCAAAGCAUCCUGUCGAUCAGCAAUGAUAGCUCGAAGAGCUUGAACGUAAACCAUGAGUUCAUCUUGAAUUUUGGCUGACUCGCCGUAUUCAUCUCCAGUGGUUUCGGCAUCGUCCUCCUCAUCAACCAAAGGCUUCAGAACCAGCCCGACCAGGUGCUCCCUCCAUUCAUCAAUGACAUUUGCUUGGUCGUUCAGUUCGCCGUACAAUGCUUCUAGAUCGUCGACAAUACGACCGCUCUCGAUACCUCGUUCCUCAUUAACUGUGAGCUCCGGAAUCUCAACAAAAGACUGUUCGGAUGCCUUCUGUGCCACCUUCGCCAUCAGACGGGCUGCUUUGUGGUGAGGCUCUUGUAGGAUUUCCCUUCGAAUAGCCUUUGCUUCCUCGUAGUGCUCAUCUUCCAACUUCUUAAUACGUAAAAAUUCCUCGGAUUCGGGCUCAGUCAUUUCUGGAUUUUCGCGGACCUGGAAGUAUGCAUUCGCGCAAAAGAAGACGGCCCUGUGGUACAUCUCUAAUGCUCCACGAAGCCGUCUUCGACUUUCAAACAGUUGACCUUUCUCCUCAACUUCAGAAUCAUCAUCGAUAUCAGAGUCCUCGUGACUGGCGGGCCUAAGUCUUGACCCAGUCAAAGACUUGAGCUCAUCCCGGGCUUUGGAAACAAGUUUUUGAGCUUCGUCUCGUCCUGAUAACCAUAUUUCCAGUGCCUCUUUUACGCGGGGGCUGUUUUCGUAUAGCUGACCUCGUGUCAGUUUACUGGAUAGAUAGGCUCUCUCAUCUGAUCGAAUCGCGCUUUCGCUUUGUUCUAGCAUAGCAUCUAAAACCUCGUCAACGGUCCUCAUGGGCCGACUCUUGCUGUUGCCGAGAGUUCGGCGGUUAUAACCUGCAACUUCAGGAUGCAGCGCAGUCUGUCUGAGUCGAACCAACCAAGUUCUCAUGUCUUCUUCAUGAUCCUCAGGCUUCCAGCCAUCCACAAUUGGCGCUCCUUCGAGGCUGAGCCCACACGCUUCCGCCAUUUCUCGAUAAAGGGACUGGUAGUGCUGUUCCUCAACGGCUGUAAAGGGCAUACUGAUGACAAAGCGUUUCUGGGAUGGCAGAACCAACUCAUCUCUAACCAUUGAUUUCGUGUGCCGAAUAGCGAUCCUGUUGAACAGGCGCUGGAAGACAGAUUUGUAGUGACGGAUCAAAUCUUGCCAUAUUUGGUUCACAGAACAAUAGGGCUCGUACUGGAGGAAAAGGAGCAAGCCCUGAAGAUCCUCAACGUCAUUCUUCACUGGAGUACCAGUGAUACCCCACGCAUUUAUCCGAGGAAGAACACGAGCCACUUUCGCGGCUUGGCUGUAACCACUUUCAAUCAUCUGAGCUUCGUCCAGGCAUACUCUCCACCACGAGAUUUGCACGAGGGGGGAUCUGGGCCGAUCAUAAACUCUUGCAUGCCGCCGUGAGCGCUCUGGAGGUGCUGUCGUGAAGUGAAGCUCAGAGGACAGUACAGAGUAUGUUGUGAGAAUAAUAUCGUGACCAGCAAGUUCAUCUGUGGCCUGUUGCUCGUCCGCUUCCGAAAUCCUUUUCCGACCCUCAUAAACUUUGACACUUAAGCCCGGCGCAUGGCGAGCAAUUUCAGAUACCCAUUGAUCUUUUAAUGAUGGGGGUGUCACAAUUAACGUAGCGCCACUCGGCGUAAGCUUGGCCUGGGACUCAUAUUCACUCUGAAUCAAGGGUCGAGAUCGCUGGUGAAGCAAAAUCAAGCCAAGAACCUCCAGUGUUUUACCAAGGCCCAUCUCCUCUGCCAGAAUGCCGCCCUUGAUGGAAGCCUCGGCUUGUUGGAACAGCGAAAUAUCUCUUGUCGCCGUAUGGAAAAGUUCGCUAAAGUAGUACUCAUUCCCGGCCACAUCCGUCAUUUUCUUGAAGUCAUACACGCUAUCCUGAUUUUCAGGUACAUAUGGGACGAUGCGUCGCAUAUCUGCUGACCACUGCACUCCUUCGCGUUGCAGUAACCACUGUAGUGUGCGCUUUUGGUAUGGAAAUAAUUUCGACUCCAAAGCAUCGACUUGAAUAGUUUCGGGUGUUUUCUCGUCCUUUUUGGGGACAAAAGCCGCUUCGUAAAAGUCCAUGGGAGACCAUGUUGAAGCUCUAUAAGGUGUGCCUGUUGAGAUCGAGCCGCGCAGUAGCAAGUUAAUGAAUGGCUGGCUGUUUUUGCGAUCUAGUGACGAUCUGUACUGAGAGUGCGGCGAUGGAGAUUCAUUCCAGUAGAAAUUGCGACAGUAAGUCAUCUUGACCUGCCUUCCUUGCCACUCAAGUUCCAGGUCGAAUGUGCUCCAUAGCGCAUUCGGCUGUGACGCUCGCUGGGAGGUGCUAUCCAAGAUGUAAGAAAUCUUCAUUUGGUCAUCUUCUUCCGCUCGUCUUAGCCUGACCGUAACAUCCAACGGCUCCGAUGGGUAAUCCUUCCGCGACUUCAUGCGAAGUCGAUUGUCCAUAAAAUGAAUGCUCAUGUAGCGAUCAACGCUCUUACAAACGAAUGAUUGACUUUUGGAAGAGGGCCCUGCGCAAGGGCGAGAAAUAGUGAAUUCUUUCUUUGCGAUAGGUAUAGCAUUCAAGGCUAAUGAAGACUCGGUCUUACGACGCUUUGUAGGUGGCCCAUUCUCAUGGGAUGAUGAUGGUUGAUCUGAAGUUUCAUUUUCAGAAAUCAUGAUACUAAUAAGCCCUUCAACGAAUGAUGUUG